AUGACGACAUCCACAGAUCCGACUGUGCCGCUCCCAACCGAAACAGACAAAGACCGCAAGGACAAGGACGAUGAUGACGAUGACGACGUGAGCUCAACUGCACCUGCUCCAACUCCAACGCCGCCAACACCGAAUCCUCCCGGGAGACCAUCACCGGCCAAUUCACCACAAUCUUCCCAAACCUCUCUUCCUUCUCCAACCUCGACAGAAGCAACUGCUUCGGCGCCGGCAGUUUUAGAAUCCGGGAAUGGCGGUCUGGGCGUCGGUGCGAGCGCUGGUAUUGGCGCAGCAGUCGCCGUUGCUAUCAUACUACUUCUCCUAGGAGGCUGGUUUUGCGUGCGUCGAAGAAGAGCUGGAAUACACCGGAAGCGCACCUUCUCGCAAAGUUCGCACGACUUAGAGAACGCUGCAAAAGGGAGCGGAUAUGGAGGGCCAGCAGAGAUGGAGGCUGGGACCAAUAGUGAGAAGAGCGCCUCUGAGCUUGCCAGUCCCGUUGUUCCCGUGGAGGCUCUUGGUGAUCGUCGACACUUUACGGCAGAAUUGCCAGGUUCCGAAGUCCCCCCAGACGGCGGAGCCAAAGGAAGCGGGGAGCGGCUUUUUCCUGACUCGCCAAUUGAUGACGAAGAUGGCCAGUACCACAUCGAUUCGAAGAGUCUUGAGGAGAAGAAAGCAUCAUGUUGA